CAAGCUCGCUCCCACAAUUUAUUUUCCAAGCUGGGGAUACAGCUCGAGCGCCGAUUACUGAAGAGUGGAAUCUCUCGUCCGGUAAGCGCCGCGCCCUCCAGCCACAGACGAAGCACCUUCCGCAAAGAGGCUACGCCCGCCGCGAAUCUCGCAUACAGACAUCGAUAAGCGUCAGCGCCCAAAAACCAACACCCCGGAUUCACACGACAGACCUCCAGAAUUUCUCGCCGCGCGCGUCUCCCUCGUCGUCCGGUUCAAGUAAAAGAACGCGUCUUAUCGCGAUACUCACAAGAUGGCAGCGAACUCCUUCGCGGCAUUCCUCAUCAUCGGCCCGACGUGCUUCUUCCUCGGAAUCCUCUUCUCCUCCUUCCCCUACGACUACAAUGUCCUGUGGAAGACGCCCGAAGACCGCGAGUUCUACUUCAAGAUCCUCGAAGACCACAUCAAAUUCUUGCACGCCUCGCCGCCCAUAAUAUCCCGCAUCCUACACAUCGCCAUCGGCACGGGCCUGCUUGGCUUCCUCAUGAAGCUCUACAAGGCGUCCGAAGCCAACAUGUUGUUCGACGGCGCCUCCCUCGUGCUCUACAUGGCCGGCAUCACGGUCUAUGUCACCAACAUCGUGAAGGGGUUCCGGGUGGUCACUGCGGGUAUAUAUGGGAACGUGACGCCGGAGCAGGAUAAGAAUGCCGAGGAUUACAUUACUAGGGAGGAUACGUUGAGGGUGUUUGCGGCGAGUAACACGAUUUUAGCGCUGGUGUUGGUAGGCGUGCUCGUGCUGCAGGCGGGGCAGUGGUAUGCGCUGAGGAAGGAGGAGGCGGAGUUGAAGGAGAUUGAGGAUAAGGCGGAGGAGAAGAAGAAGCAGGGCAAGAAGAAGCAGUGAGUUGGGCUGGAAAGACGAGAGACUUGCCAGCCUGGCGCGACUGGGAAGGAUAGUUGGACAUGUUCUUGUAUCCAUUUUGUCCGUCCUAUUCAAUAUGUGCGGCGAUUAUGGUAGUCUGAUCUCUGUAAGGAGCGUUCAUAAGCUACAUAUGUCUUCUUUGCCGCACUCCUGUUCAGUCCAUCUUCUAUACGAGC